AUGGAUUAUUGUUGGAACUUCAACCAGGCCGGUGCUUCUCUACAUAACGCUUUUGACAAUAUGGCACUGAUGGAUCAAGCGAGGAAGAAGAUUGGAGACAAUACAGCCAGGGUAUGGCUUGGCGGGUAUUGGAACGCAAAAGCCAAUUCCGGCUACCCGGUGCUCCGAUUAUCGGAUGGAAAAUGGGAUAUUGUGGAGAGUGGUAGCUAUGCGACUGCUUGUAUUGGACAAGAUCCGAAACCGCAACAAGUCUUCCCCUGUGAUGACGAGUGGCUGUACUCGGCCAAGUUGAAGAGUUGCUACAAGUUAAUCGGCAACUUUUCGGGAUUCACCUGGCCACAGGCGCAUCAGCGUUGUCUAUCCCUUGGUGCGGAUUUGACGUCAAUUCAUUCCGACGAGGAGAAUCGGAUAGUCGUUGAAAUGGCCGACACCUUCCUCGACAUCCAAGACGACUUCUCUAAAUGGACCACGGCGUGCACAUGGAUUGGUGGAAAACGAACGGGACCCGGAAAGACGGACUUUGUCUGGACGGACGGUACCAAAUGGGACUACACAAAAUGGGCCGAUAAUCAACCGGAUAAUUAUGGACCCCAAGGGCAACCGUGGGUCCAGAUCUACACGACGCGGCACAACGAGUACGGCAAUGUUGACGCGCGCUACCUAAACAAAUGGGACGACAUCUACGACAAAAACGGCUACAAUGCCAAUUGCUAUUCGGUAUUUACGGAAAAAUUGAUGAGGACGGAAGCUAUGGAUAAUUGUCAAAACUUUUAUCAACGAGGAGCCUCAAUUCACAACGCUUUUGAUAAUAUGGCGCUGCGGGAUCAGGCGAUGAAGAAGAUUGGGGAUAACAUUGUCGCUUGUAUCGGUCAGGAUGAGAAAGUGGCACAGCUUUUUCCCUGCGACGACGAAUGGCUAUAUUCCUAUCAGUUGAAAAAUUGCUAUAAGCUUAUCGGUGACUUCGCCGGCUUGACCUGGUAUCAGGCUCAUUCACGAUGUCAGGAGCUAGGCGCCGAGCUUGCCUCCAUUCAUUCCGAUGAGGAGAACCGGAUCGUGUCAGAAAUAUCCGACACUUACCUCAAUAUCGAGAGCGGGUUCUAUAACGCGACCACGGCAGCUACCUGGAUUGGAGAACUGGCCGACACCUACCUCGAUAUUCAAUUUGACUAUGCUAAUUGGACCACUGCUGCUACUUGGAUCGGUGGAUAUCGAACGGGCGGUGGAGUCACAGGUUUGGCGUGGACGGACGGCUCAAAAUUCGACUACACCCACUGGGCAGCCGCCACGCAGCCGGACAAUAAGAAUGGCCAACCGUAUGUUCAUAUCUACACUACGAGACACAACGAAUACCACGAUGACGACAGUCUCUAUCUCAACAAAUGGGACGAUAUUUGGGACAACGUUCAUGGCUAUAAUGCUAUUUGCAAGAAAAAGUCGAAAUUU